GUUUGUAGCACUGCUAGCACCGUGUCAUAAUUUGUAAACUACGUUUUGUGACGCGACGCACGUACCGAGUGAUAACGAUCCCGCGCAACACGGUUUGUGUUAAUCGCGGUCGGGUUUUGCGGUGAUACUGCAACGUCUGCAACGAGGAUCACCAUGACAUAGUCACGUUAUUGCGAGGCAAACGAGGUUGCGUUGCAAAAUUUAGCGCGGUGCACGUUCGAUGUUACACCUCCGACAUGUCGACCGAUCAUCACAACGGCAAAGGUUACGCGCCGCUUCCGCAGAGCAUAAGCAACACCGACACCGAGGAUGAGGAGGAACGUUUAACUCGGCCGAACGAUAUCGCCUACAAAGUCGACAAUACUACCACGAUAGCGGAAUUGCACACAAAUCACGAAAAUGGCGUGUAUUAUCCACUGGACGAGACUAGAAAUCUGGGGAACAAUGCAAGGAACAGGCAGAACACGAUCAAAUAUUAUCGGGACGACAUACCAAUAAUGGUGAUUGAGGGAAACGAGCAGAAUGACUUUUGGAAGAGGAGAGAUAUGUCGCCGAUGAGGCGCUUCUGCUUGUUCGCAUCCAUACUGUUAUGCAUUGUUACGAUAGUUAUCUUUUUGUAUGUGUUACCUUGUGACAGUUCGGUGGUUUGCUCGCCGGUUAUCGAGCCGCAGUCGUCCAUAUCGUGGGACAAAACUCUGGAAGGUGUAGAAAUACACGGGCCUAUUACCAUAGUACCUGGAUCGCCGUACAACCUGAUAUUUCUCCUGCGUGGCGAGCGAUACAAAGAGAACGAUACGAAGGACGAGGCAAUACGUCAGAGACAAAUACCUCCAAAGGGGGGAGGCGUUAUGUCGAUGCAAGGGAACACCGGAUUGCCGCUGUGGCUGGUUCCGUUAAAAAGAUUACCCACUAUUAUCGAUUGCACUAGUAUCGACAUCGAUCGUUCCGGAAAGCCUGACUGCAUUGUUGCCGGCGAACAAGGCCUACUCGUUAGCAUAGAACCGAUCGCUGGCACGAUUCACUGGAGCUCGACGACUCACACAGUUUCCGAGUUACCGGUUAUCUUGCCGGACGUUGACGCCGAUGACGUUAACGAUCUGUUGAGCGUGGCGAUAGACGAUGCAAAUGUGUCGCACCUCGUUGUUCUCUCCGGCAAGACCGGUCAAUUAUUAGGACGUUACGCGGUCAAUAAUUGUACCUCUAUCGACAUACACAGUCUUGUCUCGAACGACACUAUCGCCUGCAAUUGUUACGACGAUAAUGCAGGACGUGUGACGAAAUAUAUGUCCUUGAAGGGGCUGCUCCGUGGCUUGAAGAUGCCGCGGGUGUUCAAGAAGCUCGUGGGCAAGUUCACGACGCAGCCGCGACUCUUCGAGAUCAUGAGGCAGCGCGACGAGGACUACAGCUGGAAGCCCACGCCCUACCACCACCUCACGAUAGAGAACGAGGGAGCGUGUCCGGGACAGUUUUGUCGCGCCAGCGUGAACCUGACCCUGCAGAAGUUGACGAGCGAGCCGAUAACCGUCAUCUGGGACCACGUGAGUGCGAACGCGUUCGCGUCGAAGCCGGCGUUCCUGCUGACGUCGGAGAAACCUUACACGUCCGGGUUCGCCAUCAAGUUCUGGCAGUGGACGGACUCGCCGUCCGCCGGCCGCGCGGAAAGGACGGCUGUCGCGGAGCAGAAGCUCGUGGAGAGGGUGCUGAUCGUCUUCGUGAAUUACACGGACGUUCAGGCCAUCAACGCCAGUCAGAGCGACGUGACGCAGCUGUGCCACGAGCUCGACUGCCAGCCGAACCUGAGCUCGCGGAAGCGUUACAGCUCCAUCGCGGUCCAGUACGUCAGCGACGACGAAUUUCCGGAAUUGAUCAGUUACUGGUCCUCGUACGACUCGGACUCGGGCGGCUUGAUAUCGAAAGUACAAGUUAUAAAGAUGGACUCCGUGAUGUCCAAUCUUAUACACGGGAACGUUUAGUUCCGAUUCUUAGCUUGUACCUCGCGUUCGAUCGUAUCUACAAAUUUUAUGGAUUCAUUUGUAAUCGUAUGACGCUUGGAUCACCGACGAAAGAAUCGUUUUCUCAGGAACAGAACAUGUGAUCGCGACACACAAGGAUCACGUAAAUUAAAAUGGAGAAGCGUUUACGAUACGUCUUGCAUUAUCAUGCAUUGUCACAAUCGAUGUCGUUUGAUGAAUUCACGAGCGAGAUGAGUGGAAAUUUUACUUGGGUUUCUUUCCUCUUCGUUGCAUCGAUUAAUAGUUCCUAAGACCACGCGUAGAGCAUAAUCGUUUAGGUAAAAUCGAAUUGCGUGAAGAAUCAUUCGUUAUCGUUUAAGCCCCGUGUUUUCUGAUUGUACUCUGAAUGGUGCCUUGAAUCGAGCUGUAUAUAUACUUAUCGUGCAUAUUUAUCAUCCGCGUAAAGUGCAAGAAAGCUUUUUUCUUAAACGGCAUGUUCUCUCUUCGAAAGUUUAAGAACGUUAUGUGGGAAGAGAAAAGAUCUGCGUUCUCGCCUAAAUAGUUUCUCGCAAUGCCUACGCUUUCUUUUUUUUAUAACGCUUAAAUUCCACCAUAAGUGCAAAUGUUAUUUAUUAACAGGUAUCUUCUAUUGCGAUAUUACAUAGUAUUACGAGUUAAACGGUUGUCCUGAAAUCCUGCUCUAGUCACGCUAGUAUUAUUCUUAAUUAGCCAAGCUCAGAAUUAAGUACUUGAUUAAAUGAUUAAGCGAUAUUUGAGUAAAAAUUUUAAUAUUAAGUUAUUGAUUAUCCGAUAAGUCAUUGACAAAUGUUUGGUCGAACAUACGAGAGAGAGCCACUGUAUUAUAAAUCGGGCGUGUUGAAUUUGCUUGAGAACAUGAUUACGUGUGAGUGAUAUUUUCCUAGUUACUUCAAAAAAUACAUUGUACCGACAAAUUGAAAGUAUCAAUGUUUUACAUAGCAUAGGUGUGUGACUAUUGAAAUAGAAUCACUUGGCAAAGCCGAACAGUGAUUAGAAAAUUUGAGGAUCGUAUUUAAAUGUUAACAAGACUGUAGCUUGCAUUGACUUUUCAACUGCUUAAGCUUCUCCGCUAGAGUCAGUGUACAUUGAACCUAAUAAAGUCUGGCUUCUAUUGAA